GCCGCCGUCCUUCAAGGGCAGGGCUGGGAUCGGCUCCCAUCGUCCCCAGCCCAUCAGGCGAAUCACUACAGAGUCCAUCUGCCCCAGCCUAACGGGCUGGCUUGACCUCUUCAAAUGCAAUUUGCUUUGGUGCCCCGCAAGACCACCGUACAUCCCCCUCCUAACUGUUCCCUUGGAGCACAAUCCAAUUCUCAGCCAAUCCACCUGGUGCUUCCUUAUUUGGAAAGGUUGGGGGCAACGUCCCUGUGCUGCCCCCAAGGGAAGGAAAAGCCCAGUUCUGUACACCCCAAAGGACAGGGACCCUUUGGGCCGGUGGGGGAUGGAUGGAAGGUGUAGUCCAGCCCAAGCCUCUCUCCGCCUUUACCCUGUCCAGUCCUCAGAUUGUGGCUGCCGCUGCCAAAUGCUGCAUUGGAAGGCCCUGCAGGAGAACCCUCCCUCCUUCGCCUCCCGUCCAGCUGCACCAGCAAACGAAUGGCAAGACCCAGAAGGACCCCCAGACAUAGUGCGGAAAUCCCUGCCAAAAGGCCUUUUGCACAUGUUCAGGAGCACAGCUGAAACCUCUCGUCCCACCAGAGCUGCCCAGGUCCUCCCUUGGACACCAGUGGGGAUGAAAAACAGAUUCCCCCCUUCCAGACGGACCAUGACUCUCCGGCUCCUUCUCUCUCUUCCGCUGGGAUGGCAGGAAACGUGAUACUGUAUUGCUGCCCCACCUUCUGAAGUAUUCAUGAUAUUUCCAGGGGCAGCUCGGAGGAGCCGGAGCAGCUCGGCAGCAGCAGGCCGGUUUCUCCCACGUGGCCCCCCAGCUUUCCGGAAGGGCAAGGAACAGCCUUCGGGUGCCCGGCGUGGAGUCCCUGUGGAUCGGAGGGGACCCCUGCUCCUUCCAAGGAGCGCCCUCCCUUUCCUUGCAAGACCAGCCUCGUUUCUUGUAGCACUUCUUUGAAUCCCGAGCCUCGGACUCAGAUUUUCCCUCCAUCCGCUGGAAACCUUUUGAGCAGAUUGGUGCCAAGGUAUCCAGGCUAUGGAAAGUCCCACAACAGAGCCCUUUGUGGACGUGGACAAAGGCAUCUGCCUGGCCUGCCUCUCCGUGAUGUGUCUCUUCCUGCUGGUCAUGAUGGUGAGGUGCGCCAAACUGAUCGUGGACCCCUACAUGGCCAUGCCCACCUCCGCUUGGGAGGAGGAACCCCUGGACUGAUCUGAUAGCGACGGAAAGGACUGGCGGCCUCCAAAAAAGCAAUUGUCAUCCCUAAUCUCUCUUGGCUUUGGGGUUGGACUAGAAGACCUCCAAGGUCCCUUCCAGCUUUGUUAUUCUGUUUGUCAUUGCUCCACAAGGCCUGCAGGAAACGCAGGGCCAAAUUUAUAGAUUUGGGAAUGUUGUUCACAUACAACCCUCUUUUCCAAUGGGGAAAGUUGGUCGUCUGAAAGACUGAAAUGGGGAUCGUUUGUGAUAAUCCAGAGUUGACCAAGAAUUCUGCUUUCGCAUCUGUCUUCGACAUCCUCAAGGGAGGCAGACAUUUGUGCUCCAUCAUCUGCUUGUAUCCCACGCCCAAAGUAUACAAGUUUCUGCUUGCUGAUCAGCCAUGAUUUAGACCAGGACAGCUCAGCUGGGUUUUAUUGCUCCUCAGAAGGCUCUUGGUCAUCUUCUGCAAGGGCAGCAUAAUUUAAUAGCGCUACCUUCC